AUGACGGGAGAGGAAGACGGUGGCAUCACUUUCGAGGCUAUUCCCGCGGUGGAUACUCUUCUUGAGCUGGAAGAGAUGUCCUUCGAAGAGUUUGACGGUGCUCUGAAGACAGGCAGUUUGGCCGAGAUGGUCAUCAUACGAUCGGAAGAGGAGAUCGACUCGUUGUCGCUUCUGGAUGAAGCUGUCCUGGAGUACACUAAGGGACCUGAUUAUGAGCUUGCUAAUGUCACGACGGUGACGUCGUCAGUAACGGAUUUGAUCAGCGCCGCAUACGUGGGUGAUGAUAUGUGUGUAGCACUGCUUCAGGCUCUCGGAAGCAAGGAGAUUGGAAACUCGGACAAUACUGGAUUCGGCUGCAACACAGGUGUGGUGGUCUUUGUGGGCCGUUUGAACAAGAUGGCUCAUCUUGCAGCAGUGUCGGACACUAUCAACGGUGUGGGUACAGCGACACUGCUUGUCGAUCGUGUCUUUCGACAACAUGGACUUUCGGGGGUGCUGGGCACCAAGAUAGAUAUGUCGACAACGGACCAUCCGCAGACCGAUGGUCAAACUGAGCGCGUGAAUCGCGUCGCUGAAGACGUUCUUCGCAGCGAUGAGACGCCGAAGCGCUGGAGUGCUAUGUUGCCACUCGAAAAGUUUGCUCUAACCAAUGCAGUGCAUUUCAUCUACCGGCUAUACGCCGUUCUACGUGAACGAGCUUAUUAA